CGAGCGCUGUGAGCUACAGGUCUGGACUGGUGGACUAUAAAUGGGAGCAGGUUUUUUACAUCAAAAGAUGGGUGACCCUGGGAUAUGACCUUUGCUUCCUAGCUCCUUGCAUAACUGGUCCCUCUACCUGUCCAUACUGGAGGCACAAUGGGCAGCGUGGGUAGCCUCCUCUCUGGGCAUGGCUUUAACAGCAAGCAAGGAAGAGGUUCUCAGCAUCGUGGGCGAAAACCACCCCACCUCAAGAAACUGAGUCGUUGCUCAGAUGGGAUCCUCCGAUUUGGUUUUUCCCAGGAAUCAGGACAUGCCAAGGGAGGGGGCUCUAAGAUGGGUCGGAGUGAAGACUUCUUCUACAUUAAAGUAAGCCAGAAAUCGCAUGUGGGUCCAAGGCAGGAUUAUCAUGAAAGAGUGACCAACACUGAGCCAGAAAGUCAACCCGUCCAGGAGUAUCCUGUUCCAACAAGCAAACCCUGUAACCAGCCGAGCAUGAUCCACUUUCCCAAUCGGCUAGAACUGGAAAUGAAUGCCCUGCGCCCAUCACCUCUUAAGCCUGGAAUGCGAAGAAAUUCAGCAGUCACCUGUUACCCAGCCGCAGAGAGUGGGCCUCAACUUUCACUGUACUACCGACCAGAUCGGGUGCGAGAGGCAGAAAGUCGGGGUGGGCACUGCAUAGGUGGCAUGUCAGAAUCCGGUAGAAACUCCAUGUCUAGCCUUCCAACACAUCCCAGCAAGCUGGGAACAGCAUGCCAACUGGAUGCAUUACUAAUGCCAACAGGUCGUUUUGGGGGCAGUGCCCACAAUAUCACCCAGAGUUCCCGAAGCAACAUGCUGAGCCUUCGAGCAAUGUCUUUGUCAGAUGGUGGGAACACUAAUAAAAUUCUCAGUGUACCACCCAAGCCAGGUUUAAGGUCUCCUCCAUCUUGUGAAGAGUUGGCAAGAUCAGAACCCGGUGAGAACACAGAUGAAGGUCACAGAGGAGGUCCUUCCAGGUCCAGGCAAAGUUCUCAAAGGGGUCAGAGAGGCCAGCAUAAGUUACAGAUUCAAGUGACACAGGAACGAGAGUCUAUGGAAAGCAAGGUCCGAGCAUAUGAAAAGGAGAAGAAGAUUUCCAUUAGUCCAUCAAUGGAUGAAACACAGUGGGAGGUAUGCCAGAAAUCAUCAGAAAUUGCAUCUCUCCGCCAACAGCUACGGGAAACUCAAGAAGAGUCUUCCCUCAGAGCCAGUGAAAUUCUCAGUUUGAAAGCCCAACUGCGGGAGACCAAAGGCCGAGCUGAGGUCCAGGAGCAGCGGGCAAGGGAAGCAGAGGAAAGAUUACGAGCAGCAGAAGCAGAAAGAGAGGAGAGAGAAGAGACGGCAUCAUCAGAGGCCGAGCUGGAGACACUCCGCACAGAGCUUGAGGCGGAAAGACAGAACAAUGAGCAGAUGACGGAUGUCUUCCAGCGGGAGAGGAAGACAUGGCGAGACGAGAAAGAAAAGGUCAUCCGUUAUCAGCGCCAGUUGCAGCAAAACUACCUUCAUAUGUGCCAACGAUGUCAGGCCCUAGAGCAAAGGCUGCGGGCUUUGAGUGGAGAGGACCUGGAUGAUGGGCCCAUCAUGACCCUUCCCGAUAUGGAGCUCUCCUUCCAGGACAUAUUAGCCACAGAGAUAUGAUUGGAGUAGUGGUGUGGGAGAACAGGUAUGAAUCGGUGAGAGAAUGCUUGAGUGCUUUGUGACUAGAUGUAUGGAACAGGGGAACUGGUUAUGAGGCUGCAGAUGACAAUCUUAAUACUGUGGUGUAGGGGCUUAGCUAGGGAAGGCCUGGUGUGGCAUGUUUUCUAAGUGGUAGAUGUUGGAGUUGUCAUGUCUUGCAGCUAGGGUAUUUAGAUACAAAGCUAAGGUAUCAAACAUGAAGGAAAGCCUAGUUUCGCCUCUGAGCGUUUGUAUAAAUGAUAAGUGAGAAUGAUUGGAAUAAGAACAUGGUUUGUGAGGAAGAAAAUAUGAGUGAGUCUGAAGAACAUGUAUGGUCACGUGAGUCUGAGUGGUAAGAUGAAUGCAUUGUAUCGCCUGCUGUGUGCUUUGUAGAGUGGUUGUAUGUUGCCAUGUGUGCUCACACAGUAUAUUUUGUGUGUAUAAGGAGCCCUUCUUCUAAUACCCAAAUGGUUCUUUUUGUUCCUUGAUCAUUUUGUGCAAAUUACCACAAUACCACAGAUGGUCAAUGUUUUGUGGAGUUUGUGCUGCACGCAAUCUAUGAGUGUUCUGUGCCCUGAUGGUAUGAGCACGAACAGAUACUAUAUAAAUAUGUAUGUGACCAGCAACGGAACAACCACUAGAACGGUCCUCUACUGCAUACAGAAAACGCUACUGAACAUUGACCAUUGACCUCUGAUGGAAAGUGGUGCUAAUGGAAAAACACUGUGCUGGUGUUUGGCAGAGGACUGGAAUUCUGGACAACAUACUAGAAGAAGGUGGAACAAAAACAACAUUACCAUGCCAAGCAUUUGAAUCAGCUGGCACUUACGGACUAACGGCAGGGCUAGUGGAACCUUUAAUAGAAAAUUCUUUCAUAGGCCGGUCAAGCUGGACAAUGCACUGCUGGUCAUUUGCAGGCCAGACAAUCACAUGAAGUGUGUAACAUGCCAUAGAGAGAUGCACUUUGAGUGUAAUAAAUGGCCAUUGUGAUGCUAAGCCUUUGUGAAUGUAUGGGUGGUGGGGAUAUUACACCAACACACUUUUGCUAAUUUUUCGGGUGGGACUGUAGGGUCCGAAUACUUGGGUUGGGGAAGCCAUAUUUCUUUGUGUCUGGUGCAGCCUGGAAG